UGAUUCGGUGCUAUUCGCGGUUUGGAAGUCAAUCGGAGUACAACGGGAAAACAUGCUCCCAGCGUAACAGCUGCUGGGAUCUCAAGCAUUUUAAAAAAAAAUGGAAUAAUGGAAAAAUUUUAACUGAAUGUUCUUUGUUCGAUACCAAUGAAACUAGUGGUUUUUGAGUUUUUCUUCCAAAAAACAAGUGUACCUUAGUUUACUAAUUAAAUUAAUCGCGCCAGGUCGAUAAUCAACGUAGUUUGAACUGCAUGUCAAAUUUUCUUUCGAGUGCUUAAAAAAGUGAAAAAUUUACCAAAAUCUAUAUACCUUUGGAAUAAGUGAACUUCUAUGGUUGAUCACGACAGAAGAAUACCCAGUGUUUGAGUAAAAAAACUCAAAAUGAAAAAACCCUCCGAGUCGAAAGAAAAUCUCGUCAACUCCAGCGCUUCCCUGGCUAGCGAGUACGGUCGCGCAACCGGGGAUGCGGAAGAUGACCGUCGUUCGAACAAGAGUACAUAUUCGGAGUUUGACCGGGAAAUUCCGGAAGUGAUACUCACCAAGACCGAGAAGCGGUUUCUGCUUACCGCUGAACGAGGUGACUGUGCAACUGUUCGAAAAAUCAUUCACGAAAACAAAGGCGAUCCGGACGAAUUCGACAUCAAUUGCGUGGAUCCGCUGCACCGUUCCGCCCUGAUAGCGGCAAUAGAAAAUGAAAACAUCGAUCUCAUCAGACUGCUCCUUUCGGAAGGCAUUCGAGUGCAGGACGCCCUAUUGCAUGCCAUCAGCGAGGAGUACGUCGAAGCGGUAGAAACAUUACUCCUGUGGGAAGAGGAGACCCAUGUUCCUGGUCAACCUUACAGCUGGGAAGCCGUAGACCGCUCAUCUUCGUCAUUCACGGCUGACAUUACUCCGCUAAUAUUGGCCGCCCACAAGAACAACUAUGAAAUCCUGAAAAUUUUGCUCGAUCGAGGAGCCACACUACCAAUGCCACAUGAUGUCCGCUGCGGAUGCGACGAAUGUGUGACGUCCAGCGAGCAGGACUCCCUGCGACACUCCCAGUCACGUAUCAACGCCUACCGGGCGCUAUCGUCCAGUUCGCUAAUAGCGCUCAGCUCUAAGGAUCCGAUUUCCACCGCCUUCCAUCUGUCGUGGGAGCUGAAAAGGCUCAGCCGUACCGAGUCGGAGUUUCGAGCGGAGUACACGACAAUGCGUCAAAUCGUCCAGGAAUUCGCCACCUCUCUACUGGACCACGCGCGAACCUCCAACGAGCUGGAGAUAAUGCUGAACUACAAUGCCGGUGCCACCGACAACUGGGAGCCCGGAGAACGCCAAACGCUCGAUCGGUUGAAGCUCGCGCUCAAAUUCAAACAGAAACUGUUCGUAGCCCAUCCGAACGUGCAGCAGCUGCUGGCAGCCAUCUGGUACGAGGGUCUACCCGGCUUCCGGCGAAAGUCCCCCACCGGGCAGAUCCUGCAGGUGGCCAAACUUGGUGCUAUGUUUCCGGUCUACAGUAUGUUCUACAUGAUGGCCCCCAAUUCGGAGAUGGGUAUGUUCAUGAAGAAGCCCUUCGUUAAGUUUAUCGUUCAUUCGGCUAGCUACGCGUUUUUCCUGAUGAUGUUGGGAGGGGCGUCACAACGUGUUGAAUACCUGGCGAUCGAGUUGUUUGGACCGGAUUGGAUGCAGGACAUACUGAAGGAAUGGAAACGAAAGGAACGCGGUUCGCUACCCGGUUUGUUCGAAUGCAUGGUCAUACUUUAUAUAAUAAGUUUGAUAUGGCAUGAGAUAAAAUCGCUUUGGCAUGAUGGAUUGAUGGAGUACAUUUCGGAUCUCUGGAAUAUAGUGGAUUUUAUCUCCAACUCGUUCUACAUCGCGUGGAUUAGUUUGCGGUUUACAUCUUGGUUUACUGUUUGGCGCGACGCGAACCGAGGACUAAACCCGUGGUAUCCGCGAGAGCAAUGGGACCCCUUUGAUCCUAUGUUGCUGUCGGAGGGAGCGUUCGCAGCGGGAAUGAUUUUCUCCUUCCUUAAGUUGGUUCACAUAUUUUCGAUCAAUCCACAUCUGGGACCUCUGCAAGUAUCACUCGGACGAAUGAUAAUCGACAUUAUUAAGUUCUUCUUCAUCUACACCCUGGUGCUGUUUGCCUUCGGGUGUGGCUUGAAUCAGCUGCUCUGGUACUACGCUGUGUUGGAGAAAAACAAGUGCUACCAUCUGCCGUCAGGACUCCCGGAUUUCGAGAACAACGAAAAGGCCUGUGCAAUUUGGCGUCGCUUCGCCAAUCUGUUCGAGACCUCGCAGUCUCUCUUUUGGGCUUCCUUCGGUUUGGUAGACCUGAUGGCAUUCGACUUGACCGGAAUUAAAAGCUUCACCCGUUUCUGGGCGCUGCUGAUGUUUGGCUCGUACAGUGUGAUCAAUAUCAUCGUGCUGCUCAACAUGCUUAUCGCUAUGAUGAGCAACAGUUAUCAGAUUAUAUCGGAACGUUCGGACAGCGAGUGGAAAUUCGCCCGCUCGCGGCUGUGGAUGAGUUACUUCGAGGACGGCGACACACUUCCCCCUCCAUUCAAUCUAGUGCCUUCAAUAAAAAAUUUCGACAAACUUUUCAAAUGCGAUAAGGGAAAACGUUCGACAACAAGUAUCAUCAAAAGAAACAGAGAAAAAGCCGGACGGCGACAUGAAAAUGUUAUGAAACUUCUAAUUCGAAGGUACGUUACGGCCGAGCAGCGGAAGAGAGACGACUUCGGUAUCACGGAGGAUGACGUGAUGGAGAUUCGUCAGGAUAUCAGUACCUUGCGAUACGAGUUAAUUGAUAUUUUUGCUCAGAAUGGAAUGCGAACUCCCAACGUUAAACCGAACGAUGGAACAGCAAUUGCGGGCAAAAAAGGACGCGUGAUGGAGCGACGCAUUCUGAAGGACUUCCAAAUCGGUUUCGUUGAAGGAAUUCUGAACGAAACGUACCGAAAUGCGAAGGAUAAACCGGCAGCAGAUGUAUUCAGUACCAUCGCCAAGGCGAUUGGCGGGCGCUCUAGCGCUAAAAAGAAACCGGAAGAUUGGAACGCAUUGAUACGUAAGAACACCAUUGCCGGUGACCCGAUUGGCAACUCGACGGAACUAAAUGCGCGUCGCAGCCGACAGAGUUUGCGUAAGCAAAUAGUCGAGAGCACCCAGGGACUAAACAUGAACACCGAAAAUUUGGUGGCCUACAAUCCCAAACUGUCCGAAGUGACGCCCGUGACGCGUGUUGCUUACGUUAAGUUCAUGAACAAGAAGCUGAAAAAGGAUGCUGAUGUGACCCCAGCAGACGAGGUUGGAAUUGAAAACGAACGUCAAGGAUCAGUUAAACGAAGUUCGCUGAAAAAAUUAGUUGAUCUAACCAAAGUCAACAAUAUCCCUGAUGCUGACAAGCAACCAACUCCGGCAGCGAAAGAAAAUGAUGUGAAACAAACCGAAUCGCAGACGUCUCCACCAGCAACAAAAGUGACGGAACCAUCGACGGUCACCCCAGCUGCCGUGGAAAAGUCAACUGUUGAAAGAAUUGAUCUCAGCAAGGUACGCGUCCGUUCGCCAAUCCAAGAAACCGAGGAAGUUACAAGCCUAGACAGCGAACGAUGUCUCACUCCGAAACCAACCGACGGCAUUCCGGAGCGUCCCACUUCCCCCAUCCCGACCGGUAGUCCUCCUUUGGAUAAGAAAACCGAUGCUGGAAAACCGACUCCAACCGAAGUCGGCUCGGCCGGAUCAAUCAAAAUUAGGGACACAACCGCUUCCCGAGAAGCAACACCACCAAAACCACCAACGGCCGCGUCCCCGGCCACCACAGAUGACAAAGACACUCUAUCGCCAACCACUUCAAUUAAAUCGCCACCCGAGCGGUCGCGUUCUCCAACACCUACACCCAGUCCUAGCGGAUCCGCGAAACGCCUCGAGCCACCCAAACUGUCCGUUACCCCAUCCACUCCGGUCCGGUCGUCGUCACCUGUCGUUUCCGACAGGGGAAAAUCUAAAAUUACCGGCAAAACAAUCAGUGGUUGGAUGUGAGGCCGCAUUAAUUCCGCCACAAGAGAAAUGUCGCAUUCUUCGGAACUAGUAUUUAUUUUUAUGAUUUCUCCAGUUGAACGUUGUUUGUUGCCACUCUACUCCAUGUUGUCGUUUGCACGGAACUGAGCAGUUUUGAUGUUUAUUAUUUCUAGUUUGAAGAGAACAUAAUAAAGUGAUUAGCUUGAUUUCAAUGCAAAGCGUUUGGUACAGUUGUUAUCGAUUGACGAUUGUGGCCCAAUUAUAUUUGUUCGUAUCAAUGAAAUAUUUCAUUAGAAACUCAGCAUGGCUUUUUUUUACUUUCAAGCUCUAAGUCAAAUUUCUUUAUAAAUAUCACAUUGUUGACUUCCAUAUUUAGCUAUGUUUGUAGCAUUAAAAGUUGUAAUAGAUUGCAAAA